GAAGCCAUGCUGCUGUUGCUGACCCUCACCCUCCUGGGGACCAGUAGCUGCUGGGCAGCACAGCUGUACGGGAACAGAGGAGGCACGUAUUUCAGUACCUCCGAAGACUAUGAAUAUGAAAUCACGGGCAUUCGGGUGUCUACAGGUGGUUUGGGCUUGAUUAAAAGUGUCCAGGUGAAAUUUGGGCCCUACUGGGAUGAUGUACGUGGUGCCUCAGGUGGGGACAACCAGGAAUUCCUUCUGUGGUCAGACGAAUACAUCACAGAAGCCUAUGGCUCGUUCAAGGCUUUUCUACGGUACCUGGUCCUCUGCACCAACCUGGGACGCUGUGUGUCCUUUGGGAAGGACGCGGGCAAGACCUUCUCUGCCUUCCCCAGCCAGGAGGGGCAGGUGCUCACGGGCAUCUUUGGCCAGUAUGGACUCCUCGGCAUCAAGGGCAUUGGCUUUAAAUGGGAUUAUCCGCCAGUGGAAUUGACCACUUCACAAACAAAUAGCACUAUGGCAUAG